GAAAAGACUGUGUAGGAGAGAAGCCUGUGCAGGAGAGAACUAAUCUAAUCUAGUGGGUAGGAGAGGCCCAAGGAGGUCAAGUGGCUGAUGUGGUGCAGGGAUAUUGCAAAUGAUAAUAUCAGACGUUAGGGAAUUAGUUGUGGUCCAGAAGAUCAAAGGGCGUUUUAGAAUGUAGUCGUUGCCCUAAGAAUAAUGCGAUGAUACUGGAGGAUUUUAAUUAAGAAAAUAAUGCAAUCCUAUUUUUAUUUUUAAAGUAUAACUCUGACUUACGUGUGGAUUAAACAGUGACAAGAGUGGACGUAUGAGGUGGCCUCUGCGUUUCUGCGGUCUGCAGGUAAUGCUUCCCACGUCCUGCCGGAAGCCCCGGAAGUAGUCGUUUCCAGCCAUUCAUGAUCCUAGUCUCUGGGUCCUCAGGUCUCUGAUUUUGUACACUCUCAGGCCAAAACGGUGAUGACUCUGCUGGGAUGAAGCACGUGAGAUUUUUGAUGAAAUUGAGGCACGAAACUGUAACCAUUGAGUUGAAGAAUGGAGUACGGGACUAUGGAACCAUCACAGGUGUGGAUGUCAGCAUGAAUACGCAUCCUAAAUCUGUGAAAAUGACCCUGAGGAACAGGGAACCUGUACAGCUGGAAAUGCUGAGUAUUCGAGGAAAUAACAUUCAGUAUUUUAUUCUGCCAGACAGCUUGCCUCUGGAUACACUACUUGUGGAUGUUAAACCCAGGGUGAAAUCUAAGACAAGGGAAGCCAUUGCCGGAAGAGGCCAAGGCUGA